AUGGCUUCACUUUCACUCGCUACUAUUGUGACUGUGUUGGCGAUCGCACUUCAUGCAAUCGCCCAACCAAUCGCUCCUGUGUCGCCUCACAGCGUGCAAAUAGUGCACAAGAAGCGCUAUUACGACUAUUCGAGCUCGACCAUUCGCGGUGUCAACAUCGGUGGAUGGCUGCUGCUCGAGCCAUACAUUACGCCUUCGCUUUUCGAGGCUUUCCGUACCAGCGACUCCAGCGACGAAGGUAUCCCUGUCGACGAAUACCAUUUUUGCCAGCAACUGGGCUACGACACAGCCGAGUCUAGACUUGUGCAGCACUGGAACUCAUGGUACACGGAACAGGACUUCCAAAACAUGGCUGGAAGCGGCCUUAACUUUGUCCGUAUUCCCAUUGGGUACUGGGCUUUCAAAAUGCUCGACUCAGACCCUUACGUCUCGGGCUACCAGGAGGCUCUGCUCGACAAGGCGAUCGGCUGGGCACGUGACAACAACUUGAAAGUCUGGGUUGACGUGCACGGCAUGCCAGGUUCUCAAAACGGGUUCGACAACUCUGGUCUGCGCGAUUCCUAUUCUUGGCUGUCCGACUCAACCAAUUACAACCUGAGUCUCGAGGUGAUCGAGUAUGUUCUCGAGAAGUACUCACGUGACGAGUUUUUGGACACUGUGAUCGGUGUCGAGCUUGUCAACGAGCCUCUAGGUCCUGUCCUCGACAUGGACAAGCUCAAGGAGUACUAUGCUUACGGCUACAACUACGUGCGUAACACACUUGGCAGAAACCAGGACGUCAUUAUCCACGACGCGUUCCAGCCUUUCCACUACUGGGAUGCUACUUUGACUGACUCCGAUGGAGACUGGGGCGUGGUCGUCGACCACCAUCACUACCAAGUGUUCUCCAACCCUGAGCUUCAGCGCAGCUCCGACGAGCGCGUCCAAGUUGCAUGUGGAUGGGGUUCCGGGACCGUCACCGAGAGUCACUGGACUGUGGCCGGCGAAUGGGCUGGUGCCACAACCGACUGUACUAAGUGGAUCAACGGUGUGGGCUAUGGUGCUCGUUACGACGGUUCUUUCAGUAAGGGUUCUGACACUUCUUCUUACAUUGGUUCUUGCCAGAACAACGAGGAUAUCAGUUCCUGGUCUGACGACCGUAAGACGGAGACACGCAAGUUCAUCGAAGCGCAGCUGGAUGCCUUCGAGCUUCGGGGGGGCUGGGUCUUCUGGUGCUACAAGACCGAGACCUCCAUCGAGUGGGACUUCCAAAGAUUGAUCUACAACAAUCUCUUCCCUCAACCUUUGACCGACAGACAGUUCCCAAACCAAUGUGGUUUUAACAACUAG